CGCCUGCGACCUACCAUACAAUCAUUGAUAUUUCGCCUGCUGCACUCAUCUUUAUUUCACUCAAGUCAACAUCUUCUCUAGCUUUUUAAGCUUUCGCCACAUUAUCGGAAGACGUAUUGAAAUGGCUGAUCAAUUGAGCACUCUUUUUACCCCCGAUUUCUUUGAGUCUCUCGUCAAUGCCAAACUUCCUUUCUCUAUGACUGAGCCGCUUGACUUUGAAGAUGUUGGCCAGAAGCAGUGGAAAGGCAAAGCACCGAUCCCCAGCGGAUUGGUUGAGCGUGUCUGGCCUGUUCUGGAAGCUCUCAGCAAGCUCGAGCUGGCAUCUGUACCCGAUUUAUUGCAAUUUCUGCCACCCAUCGCUGAUGAGAAUUUCCCACGUCAGGCGCUAGGACUACAGCUGCUUCUCGACCAGAUGACCAGGUCUUUAUUGAGAGGCAUUGACGGCCGAUGGCGAAGCGCAUUUUUCGAUAUCAUCAGUGUUAGAUAUGCGCACACCUUAGACGCGCUACCCGAGGACCAGAAGCCGUGGGCAUGGAGUCGCUGGAAGACAUUUGCUACGCUCGACUUCUGGGUCCUUGCUCGGACUUGGUAUAUCUGCCCAUUUGUCCACUCCGACAAGCCCUCGGACGCAGAACGGGCGCUGAGAUUCACUGAAGAGACUCGAAAUAUCAUUGAAAAAGAGACUGGGACUACUGAUCCGCACCGUUCGGAGCGAGACUUCAUUUUGUCUGACACUUAUGGUGUUUCCAGGGUGCUCAAAGAAGGACCACCUGGAGCUGGAGCGACAGUCCAGUUGUAUGCGUAUUGGAUGUGCAAGCUCAUGGACCUUCAUAAGCCCGUAAUAGACCAAUUUGGACACUAUCCCUACAAAAAUGCGUACUUCGGAAGAGAAAAUACGCCGGAGGAGGAUGCAUGGUUCAAAAAGCGGGAUGGAAAUCCCAUGACGUCCGAAGAACUCAGAAGUCGUCUGAAACGGGACAUAGAUGCCGGAAUCUGGGCGCAUCUGGGCGCUGGCCGUAACGUUUGAGGCAUUAGGAACAAAGCUGUAAUGAACGAGAUAGAUCCUCGGAUCGAAGAAUUCUCCUGCAGCCAUCUAGAACCUCACAAGCCCUGAG